CUUAAUCAUCAGUGAAGAAUAGCCUCAGGCCGAAUCCAUGAUCUGUAGCCUUCAAAUUUCAAAGAAAAUGGCCUCUCGAUUAAUGAACUUCAUCAUUUUUGGAUAAAUUUCAUAGCUCAGUGCUAGUAUAUUGAUGGCCUUUGUGUUCUUUGCCAAGGAUACUACAAAAAAGAGGAGGUUUGGGGAAGACAAAAAUCAUCCUCGGAAUUAGGAAAACUCGUCCCUAUAGCUUUUGGAGACGACUAGUCGUCCCUAAUAUGUGGUUCCCUAUACUAUUGUCCUCUAUUCUUUUGGGGACGACAAAAAUCUAGGUCGUCCUCGUUACUAGGGACGACAGUUGUCCCCGAUACUCGCAAGUUGUCGUCUCAUUUUUUUCCAUGAAAGACAACAUGUCGUCCCUAUAGCUAUAACUGCAAGAACAAUAAGUCAUGUCCUAAACAUUAUUUCCGGGAACGAACAAUUGUCUCUUAACUUGUCUAUUGAGCGACGAUGUGACUUAUACAACUUCUAGGAAAAGACUAAUUGUCUUUUAUGUAACUCGUAUGAACCACUUGUUGUCCUUUAGUAUGUCUAUUUGGGGACGCCUAAGUGCUCUUUUUUUUAGCGGGAGGAAUGGAGAUUAUGUCACAUCUGUUUGUUGAUUGUUCAUAUAUGACAUGUAUUUGGUCAAGUUUUUUUGAAGUAGUGUUGUCUCCCUACUCCCUAGCAUGUAGGAUUGGGAUGCAAGGUUGACUUGGGCAAUAGCACAUUGGAGCGGUGUUGAACUAGAGUCAAUCUCUAGUGGGCAUAUUAGUGUGGACUUUUUUUAAUUGAAAGAUGCUCCAUGAUGUAUGGAAUGAAGGAAGCUAUGUCUCAUUUGGAGGUUGCAAGACGAAUCAAUAAUGUGAUAUGAAGCCUGGUUGUAUCUUAACGUGGUCGAGUUUGUGUAGGUUGGAUUUGGGAUGGUGAUAGAUAUACAAGAUAGUUUUGUUCUUAGUAUACCUAAUGUUGCUAAUAGUUAGGUUCUAUUCUUUACUUCAUAGGCAAAAACACUUUUGAUAAUUGUAAGUUUGAGAAAGGAGACCAACAUGAUCUACCUUGGGCUUGAUAAUAUUUGAUUUAACCUUAAAAAAGAAAGAGGGCAACAAGAUUACUAAAAUCAAACUAUUUGUGCGAUAGAGGCCUGCACGUAAUCGUAGCUACACUACAAUAAGAAUAUAACAUAAGAGAAUAAGAAUAGGAAAAAUACUAAUAAGCAUUAAAGAGGAUUGACAUAGAAUAAGUAGAAGACAUAUUCAUGCUCCGGCUCAUAUUGCUUACUGCCCCAACAAUACCUGCAUGAAACGGUCGUCAGCAUACAGGUCAAGUCAAAAUUAACAUCUCCAAUUAAUUAUCUUAGAUACUUAAAUCAUGUGGGCGAACUUUAAAUACUUUUAUCAUUUGCUGUUGUUUUAUGAAAUUGCCUUAAAAAUAAUAGACGGUUUCAAAUUUGAGGAUUCCAGGCACCAUAGAGCACAUUUACAUCCUUCCUCUUCUUCUUAUUUAUACCAAAUUCUCCACCUCUUCAACUUGCAUCAAAGCAUUUCCCCCUUGCUCUGAAAUCAAGCAAAAUAUCAUGGAUGUUCCUCCUCCAAACCGUAGUGGUAACUUGGCCAAUGUCCUCAUGACUUGCACAAUUUGUUGGGAGAUGCUUUUUAUCCAUGGCCGUUCAAGAGUUACCCUCUGUUGCUCUCAUGUUUUUCAUCUUGGUAAGUGACUUCGAUUCAACCCAAGUUUAUCAUUACAUAGGUUGAUGUUUGAGUGAGCUCUCUCAUCUCCCAAAUUUGAUUCUUCCUUUGUUUUAUUUUGUGUACAUUAGAUUGUAUUGGCUCUGUAUUCAAUUCCCAGAGGGCCAUGCGAUGCCCUGCUUGUGGUCAUGUUGAAAACAGGGCAUGGCAAUUGCCAGCCCGAGAACAAGAGGAGUCGUCGUCAUCAAGAGGCCCGAGGCAGCAUCGCACAUCUCGAAAUCGUGGGUGGGUGGUUUACGACCAAACUACACGUGAAUUCGAACAUGUGGAAGCAACAACGAUGGAGCUCUCGACCUACAUUCGUAAUGCUGGAGAUAUCAUGUUUGGAGAAGAAGAUGGUUUAGUUUAUAUGGCAUUUAAUAAUGUUUCAUAUAGCUUGAUGUAUUUGGUUGACCUAUAAAGUUAACCUUUGUGAUCCAUCAAUGGCGCUCGAGAGUAAAAUCUCGAAACUUCAAUAAAGAGAAGCUCAAGUUAAGCAACGAAGGCGUUUGCUUAAGUAGAUGCUUGGUAUUUUAAGUUAUGAUGAACGAGUUUCUCGUGAACAAGUGGUUUUUAAACGUGUCGAGAAGUUUAAUAGAUGACGGAACAUGACAUUCGUGCACACUUAAAUCAAGCUAUGUUUCUAUCGGACAUUAGCUAGAUAUCCUAAUGUUAUUCUAUAAUGUUCGAUCGCUUAACUUGUUAUUUAUAACGGUUGAAUGCACUCAAUAACUAUUUAUACAUAUGAUAAUUGUGAAUAACGAAAUGAAUGAUUCAACAACAAUCAAAUUAGAAAGUUUGAACAAAAAUCCCUAUUAGAACCAUAGCCAGACAGUGCAUGCUCGUGCUAAUGCAUAAGCUUCAAAAAAUCACUACUAUACCACCUAAGAAAAUCCAAACAACAAGUUAAUUACUCUGUUAAUCAUAAGAGAAUUCCUCACCAACACAAAGAAAACAAAAUCCCAAUUAUCUAUCCUAUAGCCGUACGUAGCCUAUUGGAGAAAAUUACCGGGAGAGUGUGAAAGAACAGGGGGAAAGACGCGAAAGAGAGCGCAAAAACAAAAAGAUACCAUGGAUGGAAGCUUCGGCCGUUGCAGGGUCUCUGUACUCACAAGAAAGAAGCCCACCGCCCAAUACUCUGCUUCACUCUCUUUGAGUCUCUGUCCUCUGUAAGCGCACAAUUCGCAAACUAGUGUGCUUCUCCUUGUCAUCCUCCUUCAAUUCCUCGCCCCUCACUACAGUUUGCUUUCUUCCCACUUUUCCUUUUGCCCCUUCCUUCACACUCUUAGAUCUUCAACUGGAUUUCCACACUCUAUUUCUCUGGGCUUAAAAAAAAAACUCAAAUAGAAAAAGAAUAAUUGCAGUCUGCUGCUUGCCAUAAGUACACCUAUUUAGGACCACUGCCGGUACAAGGUGAAAGUGCUUAUCUUGUAGCUGAACAAAACCGGAUUGGAUUCGGAUAUUCCUGCUGGAACACCUCAUAGAUCAAGGGGGAGAAAGCUUUGGUUUACUUUGAGAACAAAGUUUUCAGCUUUUGGAGAUUUGAAUUCUCUUGUGACCGUAGAGAUUCAAGAGUUGUUGUUUUUAAGGAGAAUUGGGGAUCUGGGUUCUGGUGAUUCGCAGAGCAUAAACAAUGGGUGGUUCCGAUGAGAGAGUUGUGGCUGUAAUCAUGGUGGGUGGACCCACGAAAGGAACACGAUUCAGGCCAUUGUCAUUGAAUAUCCCUAAGCCUCUUUUCCCCUUAGCAGGACAACCAAUGGUUCACCAUCCAAUUUCUGCUUGUAAAAGGAUUCCAAACUUGGCUCAGAUCUAUCUCGUCGGUUUUUAUGAAGAGCGUGAAUUCGCAUUGUAUGUUUCUGCCAUCUCUAAUGAACUUAGAGUGCCUGUCAGAUAUCUGAGAGAGGACAAACCUCAUGGUUCAGCUGGUGGGCUUUAUAACUUCAGAGAUCUGAUCAUGGAGGAUAAUCCGGCCCAUAUAUUUUUGCUGAAUUGUGAUGUUUGCUGCAGUUUUCCUCUCCCAGAAAUGCUUGAGGCACAUAAAAGAUAUGGUGGGAUCGGAACUCUCCUCGUAAUCAAGGUUUCGGUCGAGUCAGCCAGUCAGUUUGGAGAAUUGGUAGCUGAUCCAGUCACCAAAGAACUGCUGCAUUACACAGAGAAACCUGAGACUUUUGUGAGUGACUUGAUAAACUGUGGAGUCUAUGUGUUUACUCCGGAAAUAUUUACAGCCAUCCAAGGAGUUUCUUCCCAACUGAAAGAUAGGGCUAAUCUUAGACGUAUGUCAAGCUUCGAAGCUCUUCAGUCUGCUACCAGGAGUUUCCCUUCACAUUUUGUGAGGUUGGAUCAAGACAUUCUGUCACCCCUUGCAGGGAAAAAGCAAUUAUACACCUAUGAAACCAGAGACUUUUGGGAACAAAUAAAAACUCCAGGAAUGUCUUUGAAAUGCUCUGCUUUGUAUCUUGCCCAAUUUCGGUUCACUUCUCCACAUCUAUUGGCUAGUGGUGAUGGUUCAAAGGGUGCCACUAUUGUUGGUGAUGUUUACAUUCAUCCGUCGGCCAAAGUUCAUCCAACCGCUAAGAUUGGUCCGAAUGUGUCGAUAUCAGCCAAUGCUCGUAUAGGACCAGGUGCAAGGCUCAUCAGUUGCAUUAUCCUCGACGAUGUUGAAGUCAUGGAAAACGGAGUUGUCAUCAACUCCAUUGUUGGGUGGAAGUCCUCCAUUGGCAAAUGGUCUCGAGUCCAGGCUGAAGGUGCUUACAAUGCAAAACUGGGUAUCACGAUUCUCGGUGAAGCUGUAACAGUGGAAGAUGAAGUGGUGGUGGUGAACAGCAUUGUACUGCCACACAAGACUCUCAAUGUUAGUGUUCAGGAAGAGAUCAUCUUAUAGGGAAGGAUGCCAUUGCUCUCUUGUAUUUGUACUCCACAAACAGCUGUUUUUUCCUCUUGUUGUCGAGAAAGUUUUGAACAAAAACCUCACUCACAGCCUCAUCUGUAAAAUUCGUAAUUGUUAUGAGUUACCAGAAGAAACUAAAGAGGGACUAAAUUCCAUUUUGCCCCGUUAUCUGUCUGUCUGUCUCUCUAUCAAGCACCCUAGCAAUCUAAGGGCUAAACCUUAAACGCAAUAGAUGUCCCAUCGCCAUUAGAACAAAGAAGACACAGAGACUCUGAGACGUGACCAAUGACCAACCCAGCAGCUAAAAAUGAUCAUUUGCAGCCAUAAUACUAUGCAACAGAUGGACAUAUGACCACCUCACACAUUCUCCGUCAAGAGCGCUUUAUCAAACUCUUGGACUCCCGAAUUUGGAGUCCUUACCGCCCAGACAGCCACCAAGGCAACUAAGAACAUAAUCCUUUACCGUCAGGACACUAUGCAAACAAAAGAAAAAAACAGCCAAGAAACCAACUAAGAACGAUCCCACCACCAAGAUACUUGCCACCGAAACAACUAAGAACAGUCCUUCACCGCCGUGAUACUAUACGAAAAAAAUAAAAUAGACAGCCACCCAAAUUACUAAGAACAAUCCUUUGCCACCAAAGCUGCUAAGAAGCUGCCAAGAAGAACAGAAAAGAGGUAGUUCCUAGCAGACCACGAGGAGCUAUGAAGUAUGCACGAUCCUCUACAGCCUAAAAGGUCUAGUAAUCUGAAACAUAAAAAGAGAUGUUAUGC